AAAACCUCCAUAGAUCUCAUCUCCUGCAUCUCUUCUCAAGAUAUUGACGUACAUUCUUCAGUAGGGACUACCCUAAACGAAGAAAUUGAAAGCUUUGAAGUUUUCAGGGGAGGAGGAAGAUGAUUCAGUUGCUGUUCAUGGUGAUAUUCUCAGAGGCGGCACUGAUCUUGCUGCUGCUGUUCAAGACCCCUUUAAGGAAGUUGGUUAUCAUGGGUAUGGAUCGGGUCAAGCGCGGACGUGGCCCCGUUAUGGUGAAGACGGUGGCGGCAACGGUUUUUGUGGUGAUGAUGUCUAGCGUUUACAGCAUGAUUGAGAUCCAGAAGCGUUGGAUCGAUGAAGGUGCUGCCAAUCCGACCGAUCAGGUUCUCAUGGCCGGGCACCUUCUUGAAGCCACUCUGAUGGGGGCGUCCCUAUUCCUUGCACUAAUGAUAGACAGGUUACAUCAUUAUAUCAGAGAACUCCGCAUACGAAGGAAGAGCAUGGAGACUGUAAAGAAACAGGAUCGAGGUUUUGAGGAUGUUAAAUCUAGUGGUUCAGAGGAAAUUAAAGCCUUGGAGGAAGAAGUUAGAAAUCUGCGAGCAAAAUCUAAGCAGCUGGAAUCUGAACUUGAGACAAAGCAGAAAGAGAUAAAAGCUGCAGAAGCCAGUGCAGUUGCUCUAAGUAAGCAAUCUGAAGGGUUCCUGCUUGAGUAUGAUCGUUUGCUUGAGGAGAACCAAAAUUUACGUAAUCAGCUGCAAUCUUUGGACCAUAAAUUGUCACGUUCAGCGAGCAAGAAGAAUAUGUAACGAACUGAACCUCUUGCAAAAUAUGCUGCAGUUUCAUUGACAUUUUUCAUGGUUUUUGCCCAGGAGUUCUAGUGGUUUCUUUUUAUGCUUGCGGCGUUUUGCCAUUCAUGCAAUGUUUUCGUGAGGGGAAAAUCCUGGGGAAAAGAAGAGGAAAGGGAGAAAUAGGGUUUUCAUUUUACAUAUUUGAAUCAUGUAGAAUUUAAGGAUUAAAGAUUUUUGAGAUGACAAACUGUGGAAGAUUAGAAGGUUUAAUGGUAAAGAAAUUUUUUACCACAGAUAUUUGCUUCUUUCUUUCUUGCUUUCUGAAUCUGUACAACUAUCUUCUACAUUAUGGGGGAGCUAAUGGAAUUCCAGCGUAAUAAUACAUGGUGUCUAGG